CAUCUGAGCAUACAGUAUGUCCUUGUCAAAAUGAAAUUACAGUCAGUCAUAUUUCUGUUUUAUUUAAAAAUUUUAUAUUCAGUUGCAGUUGACUAAACUGUAGAUCAAUGUCACUUCUGAGGCUUAUGUAAAAGUCAAUAUAUUUACAUUUUAAUAUAUUUAAAAAUUAGCAGACAGCUGACUCACAUGUAGAUAAAUGUUAGGCUUUUGACAAACACAAACCAUGUUUCAGUCUUUCAGGAAAAUAUUACUGUGCAACAACUUUGUCUUAAGAUUCUACAAAAUUUUCUACCUAAUGAAUAGAUCACAGGAUUUUAAUUGCUGUCUUAAUUGUUAGUAUCUAAUGGAGAAAAACACUAAAACAGCCUGUAAUUCUACCAUUCUCUGCUGUAUAGUACAUAUGAGGGAUGACUUUUCAAAAUCACUUUUGAAGGACAUUUUUCAAAAUUUCAAUUUUGAAGGGUUUAAAGUAUACAAAUACAGUGCAGAUGCUAUGAUUUCAUAUUUGUCAAAUACCAAGAGUGGCCUAAAUGAUUUUCCAAAUUAUUUUGCAAACAAUCCGCUUUUAAAAGGCCACAUAAAGGCUUUGAUUAUUAGUUUUCAAACUAUGUAAACUUGUGAGACGUGUUUGAAAUUAUAAUGCGUAGUGAUGUAUCGGAAAGGGGAAAUUUUGUGGCUGGACAUUCUUAAUUUAGUUCACUUGGAACCUCCACACAGGUGCUGGUUCCGGGUUCCGGUUCUAUGCUGUAUAUAAAGGCUCAGCAGGGCAGCAGCACCCCAGCUUCACCUCUCAGAAGACAAACACAGAAGAUGGCCCACAUCAAGCUGACGGGCGCCUCGCUGGUGCUGCUCCUGCUUGCCUGCCUGAUGCACACGCCAGUGUCUGCCGCUUGCUGCACAAAAUAUUCAAGGACCCCGAUACCUAUUAUGCAUAUAAAAGGAGUGUCGAUACAAAAGAAUACUGGAAUAUGCAAUAUCAAUGCUGUUAUUUUCCACACCUACAAACGUAAACAGUUAUGUGCUGAUCCCAAUGCAUCCUGGGUACUGGACCGGAUCAAGACCCUGAGGGAAACAGUGAAGAGAAUGAGACACAACAGCACAGAACAGACAGUAUAAUCCUCACACGCCCUGGUGGAUUUUCUUAAUAUGUGCUUUGCUUUUUUUAAAAACAAUAUAUCCUUUUUAUUCAUGUCAUUUUUUCUUUCACAUUUUUAUUUAGAAAUAUAUGGUCUUGAAUUAGAUCAAAGUAAUAUAAUUGAACCUACUUUUUGGGUUCACAGUUAUAUUUAAAUGUAUACAUUUCAGAAGCUUUCAUGGUUUCUGACUUAUUAUCUGAGAUAUUACAGACAAACUUUUUCCAUGAGAAUUUCAUGUCUUGCACUCUUUCCUGAGUCUAGCUAAUCCGGCAUGAUUCCAUUGAAUCUUUACAUAUAUAAAUAUAUACAUAUAUAUCAUUUGGUACCUCAAUGUGAGUUUAAAAAAAAAGGUUUAUUUUCUUAGCCAUUAAGGUGAUUGCCAUUUGCCUUUGUACUACUUGUGUUUAUGUUGCAGUUCAUUGAAUAAACAUGUUUUAUAGUA